CGAGAAUCAUGGGAUCAGCCACAGCUUCAACCACCGGGGCCAAUCAUGGUGUCACUAACCAACUCUGCUCUUGGGUCCAUGGACUCACCCUCGCCGACAUUCCCCAAGAUAUCCAGACGCGGGCCAAAUAUCUUAUCCUCGAUGGCCUCGGGUGUGCCAUUGUCGGCGCUCACCUACCAUGGACUGAGAAUGCGACCAACACAGUCCUGACCAUGGAGUCUCCGGGGCACUGUCCGAUUUGGGGAUAUAACAAGAAAGUCGGUCCACUCCCGGCCGCCCUUCUUAACAGUACGCAGAUCCAGUCCUUCGAGCUCGACGACUGGCACUCGCUUGCCCCGUUGCAUUCCAAUGCGAUCAUCCUCCCUGCCCUCCUGGCCGCGGCGUCGCAGGCAAGAGCUGGCGGGAAAAGUACGACGGGGGCAUCAUUUCUACUGUCGACAAUCAUCGGAUACGAGACGGGCCCUCGCGUCGGAUUGUGUCUAUACGGUAGCGACAUGCUCUCUCGCGGGUGGCAUUCAGGUGUCGUGUUCGGUCAUGCUGCGGCUGCGACGUCUGUUGGGAAGUUACUCGAGUUAAGCUCCGACUCGUUGGAAGAUGCGGUUGGUAUCGCAUGCACGCAGGCGUGUGGGCUGAUGUCCGCGCAGUUUAGCAGUGACGCGAAGCGGAUGCAGCAUGGGUUCGCGUCGAGGAAUGGGCUGUUUGGAGCUCUCAUGGCGGCUGGUGGGUACAGUGGGAUUAAGCGCGUCUUCGAGGAGCCGUAUGGGGGAUUUCUUACCAUGUUCAGCCAGGGUUCAGAACAAGACCCGCCGUACUUGGAACAGGAGCUCGUCAAGGGACUGGGCGAAAUCUGGCAGUUGGAAUCGAUCCGAGUCAAGCCAUACGCGUCGAUGGCGGCAACGCACUGCUCAAUUGACACGGUCGCCGCUCUCCAGAAGGAGUAUCCGGAUAAGCUACGCGAUCGGGCCACGAUUACAAAGAUCGUGUUUGAGAUGUCCGAGCCGGCGUACAAACAUGGCGGAUGGAAGCCACAGCGGCCGCUGACGGCCACAGGGGCUCAGAUGAGCUGUGCUUAUGUUGCAGCCGUGCAGAUGGUGGACGGGCAAGUCUUACCGCAGCAGUUUAGGGCUGACCAGCUGGAUCGCGAUGUAAUCUGGGAGCUGGUUGAGAAAACAGAGUGUGUCCAAAAUGAUAUGUUCACCGAGAUAUUCUCACAGCGCGCGACAAUUGUAUUCCGUGAUGGCAGCGAGAUCUCCAAGACGCUCAAAGCGCCCAAGGGGGUUGAUCCCACCCUGUCAAAUGAGGAGAUAGUGGACAAGUAUCGUUCUCUCACAAAGGGAUUGAUUAGCGACGGGCGACAAAAGGCGAUUGAGGAUGCGGUGCUAGGGCUGGAAAAGCUGCAGGACAUUUCUCAGCUGGAGGCUUUGCUAGUCGACCUGACACUUUCUCCGUUUCGCUAGAUUGGCCUGUUUGUAGAGUAAUCAGAAAGGAUGGUCUGGACUGCAUAGUCCGCGCCACAAUUGACAAACAAGCAACUCAAGGCGAGCAACAUUAGUACGAUCAAUUUCUUCAGGGCUGAA